AAACUUAAUAGUUGGAAGCAGUUAUUUUUGAGAACAACAAUGAUUAGUUCUAACGAGAGUGAUGAUAGUGCCGAAGGUUUGCAUGGGAGUAGAAAGCGAAAAAGGAAUCCGAAAGUUUGGAAAGACAAUAAAAGAAAAACUGCUGCUCUUAAAGGUGAAGCCUAUGUUUCUACAUCCGGAAAAAGGGUUGCACCAAAAUCAUCUGGGUCUCCAUGUGGGUGCAAGGAGAAGUGCACAGAGAAGUUUCCCGAUGAAGAAAAAACCAUCUUAAUUUCCAAACUAUACGACGACGUAGAGGUCUGCACAUUCCUCAAAAACUACAUAGAGACUCACAUUCCUGGAAACGUGACAGAGCUGCAUAUAUUUUCUGACGGCUGUCCUGGUCAAAAUCGGAAUAACACAAUAGUGAGAUUUUUCCUAGCUCUACAAGCAACCAAACGGUUCAAAAAAAUUUAUCAUUAUUUUCCUGUACGGGGGCACUCGUUCUUGCCCUGCGAUAGAGACUUUGGAACUUUGAAAAAACUUGUACGAAGAAGCGACCGAGUGUAUUUACCAGAAGAAUAUCAAGAGAUGAUAGUAUCGUGCAGGAAGAACAACCCGUUUACUUUUAAAGAGAUUACCUACAAAGAUAUCAUUGACUUUAAAAAUUGGUGGCCUUCUAGCUACAAAAAAACUGCGUCUUCGAUCCCUAAACCUGGUGAUACCACGCAGGCAUUCACUGUUUCAAAGUAUAGGCGGUUUGUUUAUGAUAGUUCUUCUCCAGGAUAUGUUACUACCUAUGAAUAUAUAGAUGGUUUUAUUUCUUAUACUUUUAAGCUCCUCAAACAGAACAAACCAAGUCCUCCUUUGCCAGAGAUACGCGCAUAUCAAGAGCCGGUUUCCAUCAACCAUAAGAAGAUCACCGAUAUAAAAAAAGUCAUGAAGUACAUUAUCGGUGAAACAUUAGAAUUUUACUACCAUGUAACUUCCUGGAAGCAAAGCUACGCAAACGGAGAUCCCGUUGACUAA